UCCUGCUACGCGUUCAGGUGACGUAAAUUAAUUGUAGCUUUUUGCAUAAUUGUUUUUGUUUAUAUUUGAAAUUCAAUUCUAAACAUUCCAAGUAAGACAGACGCAAGCCACAAAUAAGAAAAUCACGAUCAGACAACAACUUAAACAUCUCUUUUUUUUUCGGGAGGGAAAUUUAAAAUGUCUACAAGACCGUUUGAUGAUGAUGAGUCAUCUAAAACAGACCCUCCGCGUUUUUGGGACGCAUUAGGGCCAUUUCCCAGGUCAAUGUGGAUUCAUCCUCAUACACCAGAGGACAGCCUGGACAGAGUCUGCGGUAGAGUGUUGAUGCGCUCUGUUUUGGCCAGCAAGGGGGUUUGGCCGCAUUUACCAGAAAAUGCGCAUGUGUUUGCGGAUGAGAACGGUGGUAUCCUGAGCUACACAAGAAGACAUGAUGACAGCCGCACACAGAGAGUGGGGCAACCAGCAUUGGACAAGGUCAUGUUAAUGACUCAGCAUAACAUGACCCAGACUCUUCUGAAGGGGCAUGUCAAUGCCACGUGUCCAUGUUUUGCUGAUGAUAGAUACAGCCAUGGUCAUGAACCUGAGAAGACUAAAGAGAUCAUAAGCCAGGAGGAGGCUAACAAAAGGAAAACUGAGAAGUUUCUUAAACAAAUUCACCUACCUAAACAGGCCACACUGCAAGACAUCUCUGAGGGGCCCUCAAACGAAGACCUUCCUCCACUUCCCCCUCCUGCCUCACCGCGGGCGGACAGGCCACCACAGCAAGCCUCCGUCUCCAAAAGUGGCUCCUAUAAAGCUACUCUCUUAAAGGAAAAACCAAACAUCCAACUGCAUUGUGGCAAACCACAGAGGGCUCAAAAACAAAAUCAAAAAGAACAUCCAAGAGUCAAACCUCAUGCCUCGGCCAAAACAACCCCAAAGAUAAAAACACAAACAGCUCAAGACCUAAUUGUGCAGCCUGGCUCCCCCCAAAUAGGAAGUGUAUGCAGAGAAAAAGUUAUAUUGGAAGGUCAAAGUUCAUCGCCAAGGUGUUCCCAUCUACCCAUGUUUGCACAAUUCCAAAAGGCAGAGGAGCAGAUAAUUCCUAAAGGUCACACAUUUAAAGGUGGAUACGUGGAGCUGGGCAGGAGUGCAGAUGGUGCCCACAUGGCACAGACGCGGGCUGGCAGCAGUACCGGGAGCGUGCAGAAUGCAGCUGGCCCUCUUGAUAAUGCCAAAAGCCAUAUAUACCACAAGGAUGCCACUGUCGCAAAGACAAAGGCCACAGACAUAUCCAUUACAGAAAAUAUGGAUGGAAUCCAGACUUGGAACAGCAGUGAAAGGUGUCCCCUACGAAACGCCCCAGUCUUUACAGGCACGGGUCAUGGCCCUCAGAGCCUGUGGUUGUUGCCGGCCAACUGUUUCCUGCGGUUUCCUGAGGUGUUCCCCAUGAAUAUGGUUGUCAACCCCCUAUUUCCCUCCAAUCUUCUGCCUGCCCCAGGAUUUGGCCUCAAUCCAUACUAUAUUGUUGGAGGCUUUUCCCUGUGGUCUUAUCAACAUGGAAACUGGCAAUGUAAAUCCGUCAGCAGCUGGCAGACGGCGCUUCACGUGCACAGAGAACGUUCCUCCAGGGUUCACAGCAGUAGAUGUCUUCACAUUGUUCUGACCACCUGUUUUGUUCCCUCUUUUUGUUGUUUUUGUUGUUUCAUCUGUUACUGUUUCUCUAAAUCAUAACUUGUCAUGUACUCUAUAUUGUAUACAGGCAGUUUUUAAUAAAGCAGGUACCUCAGAUAAAA